UUGCAAUCAUAUAAACUGAGCCAAAACUUUAUUUCGUUUAGAAACGGAAGACAUGGGAGACGAAGGUAAGAUUCCUGUUCUCAUUUUACAAAAACCUCUUGACAGAGAGAAAAGCGCAAGGCAUAAUCUAAUUUUAACUGCGACAGACGGUGGCAAGCCACAGAAAUCAGCUACUGUGAAUGUUACAAUUAUUGUGUCAGAUGUUAAUGAUAAUACUCCCGUCUGUGAUAAACAAAAAUACACAGUGACUGUGAAAGAAAAUGCCCCCGAAGGUACAUUUCUGCUCCGCGUUCAUGCUUCAGAUUCAGAUGAAGGACUAAACGGAGAUAUUGAAUACUCUUUACGGAACAAGUUCAGGAACGGAGCAUCUGAGGUUUUUGAUUUAGAUAGUUUGACGGGGGAAUUAAAGAUAAAAGGUGGGCUAAAUUUUGAGGAAAGGCAGGUUUAUGAACUAAAGAUACUGGCUGCGGAUAGGGGAGCCGUGUCUUUGUCUACACACUGUAAUGUGGUUGUAAAUGUUGAGGAUGUCAACGACAACCGGCCUGAGAUUGACGUCACUUCAGUAUCCAGCCACAUUCCCGAGGAUGCGCCUCCUGGGACUGUCGUAGCUUUGAUGGGGGUUACAGACCUGGAUUCAGGUAUGAACGGAAAGAUAGUUUGCGCUCUGCCUAAGGAUAUACCUUUUGACCUCAAGCCGUCGCCUGAUGGAAACUUUUAUUCUUUGGUAACUAAAGAAUACAUUGACAAAGAAUCGAAAUCGUCUUAUGAUAUCUAUAACAGCCAAAGAUUUAGGAACUCCGUCGUUAACAUCAACAAGAUCCAUUCACGUCGAUGUAACUGAUGUUAACGACAACAGCCCCACAUUUGCUCAAAACCCAUAUACAUUCUACGUGGUUGAAAACAACAAACCAGGAA